AUGGUUGUGGCAUUGCUUUUUAAAUUUAAAAAAAAAAUAUAAUAUUAUAAUAUUUAAUUUAAUGUCAUUAUAUUAUCAAUUAAAAGUGAAUAGAAUAGAACCAAAAUGAAAAAUAGAAUUCAAAAACCUUAAAAUUCAAAUCAAUAUUUACUUGUAAAAUAAUUGAAGAGCAGAAAUAUAUAUAUAUCAAUUUAAUACUUUGAAAGUGAAGCAUCUUGA